UCUCUCUCUCUCUCAAAAAUGAGUAAACAUUUAAAAAUCUUUAAAUACUUUUACAUAUGUAUUAUCCACUGAAUGACUUCUUUUUAAAAUUUCUGUUGGAAUGCUUUGCCUAUUGUUUAUUUUGUUGUGUGGUUUGUAGUAGUUCUUUGUGCUGGUUACAGGUUAUAUCUGUCUGGGUGUGUGUGUGUGUGUGUGUGUGUGUGUUUUGAUGAGAACUACCCUUAAUUUUGUCAUUUCACCCAUAUGAUUAAUGUGUUCUGUGCUAUUUAAGAAAUAUCUUCUUUAAAGUAAGUAUUUUCUUAUUCUAAGACCAUAGAAAUAUCUUGUUUGGUUUUCUAAAAAAAAAAAAAAAAAAAGUACACUAUUUUUCUUUAAAAUUCAGAUGAGCAAUCCAUUGAGAGUUUAUCUGUUUUAUGACAUGGGGAGUGAUUGAGGGUCCCUCCAUCCUCAGGUACAGCUAGUGAAUUUUAGCUUUUUCUGAAAAUGUUGUAUUUGCGUUCAUUCCCUUGGCCGUCACUUGUCAUUGCUUCCCCCAGGCUAACCACGUCAUCUUUCAUGCUGACUUUUCAGUGAAAUAUACCAGACAUCUAUUAUUCCCAUCUCAUGAAGUCUUGGCCAUCAAACAGAAGCACAUAAUGAAAGUCCCUUUUGGUGUCAGAAAUCUUCAGUGAGCCUUUUUGCUCAGAAGAAUGAUUGUUGCCAUAAUUUAAAAGUAAGGGUGUUGAAUGACAGAAUGUCCUACAGGGAUUUGAUAGUAGGAAUAAUCUUCUUGUCACAGACCAUAGUUGGAAUUGUGGAAAAUUUCUCUCUUCUUUACCAUUAUCUGUUCCUUUACACUGAAUGCAGGGUGAGGUCCACCCAUUUGAUUCUCAGGCACCUCACUAUAGCCAACUCCUUGGUCAUUCUCUCUAAAGGAGUCCCCCACACUGUGGCAUCUUUUGGGUUGAAACAUUUUUUCAAUGAGUUUGGAUGCAAACUUCUUUUCUGUGUUCAGAGGGUGGGCAGGGGAAUGUCCAUUGGCAGCACCUGCCUCUUGACUGUGUUCCAGACCAUUAUGAUCAGCCCCAUGAACUCCUGUUUGAAGGAGUUUAAAGUCAAAGCCCCAAAGUACAUUGGCUUCUCCAUUUCCCUCUGUUGGAUCCAGUUCAUGUUUGUAAAUUUAGUUUUUCCUCUGUUAUAUGUGUUUAGCAACCGGAGCAUGAAAAACUUCACAAAGAAAGGAGAUUUGGGCUACUGUCUUGCUGUAGAUCACGAGACAGUCACAGUUUCCGUAUAUGCAGUGUUGAUAGUAUUUCCUGAAGCUUCCUUGUGUGGUCUUACAAUCGGGGCCAGCAGCUCCAUGGUCUUCCUCCUGCACAGACACAAGCAGCGGGUCCAGCACAUUCACAGCACUAAUGUCACCCCCAGAUCCUCUGCUGAGUCCAGAGCCACCCAGAGCAUCCUCGUCCUGGGGAGCACCUUUGUGUCUUUCUACUUCCUCUCCUCCGUCUUUCAUGUUUGUGUUGCUCUUCUUUGUAAUCCCAGCUGGUGGCUGGUGAACACCACUGCCAUGAUUUCUGUGUGUUUUCCAACUGUCUGCCCCUUUCUGCUUAUGGGCCAGAAUUCUGUUAUAUCCAGACUCUGCUUUGCAUGGAUAACAAAUAUAACAUUUCCUAAUCUUAUCAGAAAUAUGUGAAGUGAAUGUUUUUUGCACCAUAUUUAGUUCUUGAUGCAUCACCAUCAAAAACUGAGUUCAGGAAGUAAAGGAGAAAUGCCAUGUCUUUCUACAUUACACACUAAUGCGCACUGGGCUUUCUUCAGCUGGUUGAACUAGGAACCUGCAUUUCUGUAGCGGAGGUGAAUAAAGCAGCUUGACCUCAUAAACUUAAUCAAAUGGUGUUUACACAAAAUUUAAUAGACUGGGUCCUAGCUCCUGUGUCAGAUUCAUAGAGUGGUUGACCAACUGGUUUACAUGGGGAAAUGUUUUGCCUGGCCAUAUGUUUUACAUGUCCAUACUAUUGCCUUCUCCAGAAUAUCGUGUAGUUAAAACAAUGCAAUAUGUAGCCUUUGCAGAUUGGAUUCUUUCAUUUGGCAAGGUGCUUUUAAGGUUCUCCCAUGUCUUUUCCUGGCUUGAUAGUCCAUUUAUUUUUAGUGAUGAAUAAUGUGCCAUUGUCUAGAUAUAUCACAGCUUUUUUUUUUUUAACCAUUCACCUACUUGGUUACUUCCAAGUUUGGACAGUUAAGCAGAAGUUCUAUAAACAUUCAUGUGCCGGGUUUUUACAUGGAAAUAAGUUUUCAGCUCAUUUGUAUAAAUACCAAGGAAUGUGAUUGCUAGAAUGUGAUAAGAGUAUGUUUAGUUUUGUAAGAAAACAUUAAACUGCCUUCCAAAGUGGCUGUAAUCUUCCCACAAGCAGUGAAUGAUGGUAUUUGUUGUUCGGCAUCUUUACUAGCAUCCACUGGUGUCAGGAUUUUGGAUUUUGGCCAUUGUAUUAGAUGUGUGGUGGUAACUCCUUGUUUCUCUUUUCAGUUGUCUAAUGACAUAAGAUGCGGAGUGUAUUUUCAUAUGCUUCAUUUUCCAUCCAGUGUAUCUUCUUUGAUGAGGGUGUUUAUUGCUGUCUUUUUCCCAUUUUUAAAUGAUGUUUUUUGCAUUCUUAUUGGGCUUUGAGAGUGUUCUUUGUGUAUUCCAAUACCAGACCUUUUAGAAAUGUGCUUUGCGAGUACUUUACCCCAGUCUGUGGCUUUUUUCUCAUUCUCUUGACCGUGUUUUUUGCACAACAGAAGUUAUUAAUUUUAACGAAAUCCAAAUUAUUAUUACCUCCGUGGAUUGUGCCUUUGGUAUUGUAUCAAAAAAGUGAUGAAACCUAGGUCCUCUAGAUUUUUUUCCUGUGUCAUCUUCUAAGAAUUUUAUAGUUACACAUUUCACAUUUACAUCUAUGAUUAAUUAUGAGUUGAAUUUUGUGAAAGGAAUAAGGUUUGUGUCUAGAUGAAUUUUUUUUUGUACAUUGAUGUCCAUUUGCUCCAGCACAUCUGUUGAAAAGACUACCUUUUCUCCAUUGUAUUGCUUUUGCUUCUUUGUCAAAGAUCAGUUGACCAUGUUUGUAUGGGUCCAUUUUUGAGCUCUCCAUUAUGUUCCUUUGAUCUGUUUGUGUGUCUUGAUUACUGUAUAUUUUUUAAAAAAUUUAAUGUUUGUUUAUUUUUUGAGGGAGACAGAGCACAAGCCGGGGUAGGGGCAGAGAGACGGGGAGACACAGAAUCCAAAGCAGGCUCCAGGCUCUGAGCUGUCAACACAGAGCCGGAUGCAGGGCUCAGACUCCUGAACUGUGAGAUCAUGACCUGAGCCGAAGUUGAGCACUUAACGGUCUGAGCCACGCAGGCACCCCAUUGAUUACUGUAUAUUUAUAGUAAGCCUUGAAAUCAAGUAAUAUUAGUCAUCUGACUUUGUUCAGCUCCUUCAAUAUUUUGUUUCCUACUGUGUGUCUUUUGACUAUCAAUAUAAACUUUAGAAUCAAUUUGUUGAUAUUCACCAAAUAACUUGCUAUUUAGUUUGGGAUUGCAUUGAAUCUGUAAGUCAAGUUGGGAAGAAUGACACUUUGACCCUAUUGAGUCUUUCUGUCCGUGUACAUGAAAUCUCUCUCCAUUUAUUUAGUUCUUUGAUUUUGUUUAUCAGCUACCUAGCUUUCUUCCUGUAGAUCCUGUACAUACUAUGUUAGACUUAUACCUAAGUAUAACUUCCUUUUCUGGUAGUGUAAAGUUACUGUGUUUUUAAAUGCAAAUUCCACUUGUUCAUUGCUGACUUGUGUACUGUCUUAGUCUGAACUGUUAUAACAAAGCAACAUAGACCAGAUGGUACAUAAGCAACAGAUGCUUCUCACUGUUCUAGAGGCUGGGAAGCCCAAGAUCACUGUGAUGGCUAAUUAGGUGUCUAAGUGAGGGCCCUAUUCUUGGCUGCAAAAGACUGUUUUCUUGUUGGAUUCUCAUAUUGUGGAGAUUAAGAGCUCUCUGAGGUCCCUUGUAUAAGGUCACUUAUCUCCUUCAUGAGGGUUCCCCUCUAACGCAGUCAUUGACUUCCCAGGGGCACCACCUCCACAUACCAUCCCUGUGGGUUAGAAUUGCACCAUAUGGGAUUUAGGUGGAUAACACAGCACAUUGUAUUAACCUUGUGUCCUUCAGUCUUGCUAUAAUCAUUUCUUAGUUCCAAAAGUUUUUUCGUUUUGACUCUGUGGAGUUUCUACAUAGACCGUGUGAUCUGCAAAUAAGACAGUUUUAUUUCUUGCUUCAUAAUGUCUGUCCUACUUCUUUUUCUUACUGCAUUAUCUAGGACUUCCAGUACAGUGCUGAACAAGAAUGGUGAGAAAAGACAUCCUUGCCACUGAAUUGUACAUUUUAAGAGUGGGUUUCAUGGGGGCGCCUGGGUGGCUCAGUCAGUUAAGCAUCCAACUCUUGAUUUGAGCUCAAAUCAUGAUCUCAUGAUUGUGAGAUCAAGCCCUGCUUUGGGCUACAUGCUGGGUGUGGAGCCUGCUUAAGAUUCUCUCUCUCUCUCUCUCUCUCUCUCUCUCUCUCUCUCUCUCUCUCUAUCUAUCUAUCUAUCUCUGCCCCCUCCUUCAAACAUGCGAGUCUCCACCCCCCACCCCCAAAAAAGUGGAUUUUAUGGUAGGACAUAUGUUAUUGAAACAAUCAAGUAAAAACAUCAAAUAGCUUCACGUUGAACUUAGGGGAAAAAAGUCUGAUAUCCUGACACUAUACUAUAAGGACUUGAGAUGUAAGUUCCAGAGGGUUGCUGGAGGGGUUGUGGGUGGGGGGGAUGGGCUAGAUGGGUAAGGGGUAUUGAGGAAGACACUUGUUAGAAUGAGCACUGGGUGUUAUAUGUAGGAGAUGAAUCACUGGAUUCUACUCCUGAAAUCAUUAUUGCACUAUAUGUUAGCUAACAUGGAUAUAAAUUAAAAAAAUAAAAAUAAGAAAAAAAAUAAGUUCCAGUAUCCAUUGCAAUAAUGUAGGACAGAGAGGAUUAGUUUUAUGGCAGUAAUAGAAGAAUUGGAAAUGAUUAUAAGGUAAAAUGAACAUAUUGUGUUCUCCAAAUCCUGGUUAUUAGUUUUGUAGGGUAUCAACAGGUCUCUUAGCUCCACCUUACUAGAUUCUAGUUCACAAUUUCAUACUGUUCUACUUCUUCCACUGAACUAAAAGGUAUAAAAGAACUCCUACUCGGGGCACCUAGGUGGCUCAGUCGGUUGAGCGGCUGACUUCGGCUCAGGUCACGAUCUCGCGGUCUGUGAGUUCGAGCCCCGCGUCGGGCUCUGUGCUGACAGCUCAGAGCCUGGAGCCUGUUUCGGAUUCUGUGUCUCCCUCUCUCUGACCCUCCCCCAUUCAUGCUCUGUCUCCCUCUGUCUCAAAAAUAAAUAAACGUUAAGAAAAAUUAAAAGAACUCUUAAUCUUCAUAUCUAUAAAGCACUUACUUUGUAUCUCUUAUUGUCCUGGAUACAUUAUCGUGUUACACACCUCUUAAAAGAAUCUUUAACUCAUGCAUUUUUUCAAAUUUUUCAAUGUAGUAACACAGAGAAAACAUGUAAACUAAAUAUAUAUAAAAUGGGUUAAGGAAAAAUUUCUAAAUAAAAAGGAAUUUUACCAGAGUUGAAAGACUCAUAUAAUGCUUAAUAGUAUAAUCACAAGUUGAGAUUUUUAUAACCUUUGAAAAACUCUUCUGGUAAGAUUAUUGAAUCAUAUUAACCGUCUGAUAAAUACUUGCACACAUUAAUGAUCAAACUAGUGUAAAAGCGACUUGGGCAAUUUAUCUAAACAGUAUUUCAGUAUUUCACUUUCAGCAGUUAUACUGGGUAAAGGGUCCUAUGUGUGUAGCAGGAAAGGAUGCAUAAGAAGUUAUUAUUAGUAUGAAGAAAAUGGGUCUCUCCUAACCAAGCAAUCAGGUUUGAGAGUAAACAUUCUGUGUUGUAUUCUAAUCUCCAGUUUUUUGCUUUUUGGUUUUUGGUAUUUGACCAUGGACAGACAGCUUUUAAGCCUCAGCCCUCUCUCAGUUGCCUUCCCUGUUUUUGGUACAGCUUGAGGUAUAAUUGAUACACACACACAUACACACACACACACACACACACAUUUACUUACUGCACAUAUUCAAUGUAUCUCCCUCUUCCCGUCUACUCUACAAGUGGCCAAAUUUAGAAGCCCAGGUGCUCCUUUGGUGCCCACAAAAGGUCAAACCACACGCAGGACCCACCGUCUAGUAUAAACUCCAUAGAAACCUGAAGUGAGUCUCCUCUUGUCUCUCCAGCCAUUUUUGUGGCAGCUUUGGAAACCUGUCCUGCUCUCCCCAGAAAGUCUCACUGUGCUUUAAACAUCUUCACAUCCUUUUGGUGAUUAGCAUUAUCAGUCUUGAUACCCAAGACUAAAUUUCAGAUAGAGGUUCAUCCCAUGUCUGUGGAAUAUCUAAAAGUGCAAAUUAACUAUUUUCAAGGGGAUCGAUAUGUGAAAUUCCUACUUGGCCUACAAACAAAGCAAGACUAAUGUAUCUUCAAGUGUAUAUGUUCAUUCUUAAGGGGAAACUCAUGAUCAGUGAGCUUUCCAAAUUACUCCAGUGAAAGCUCCAAGUAGCGGUUGGGGGGAAACUUUGCGCAUAUCAUAUCUCUACUCCUGAAAUUUUCUUUUAUUUCCUGACACUUCUUACAUGCUUAAUAUAUUUUGCCCCAGGGCUGAGCCUGGCUGGCUCAGUCAGUAGAGCAUGUGACCCUUGAUUUCAGGUUGUUUUGAGUUUGAGCCCCAUGUUGGGUGUAGAGAUUGUGUGUGU